GGGCGGUCGUCAGCACCGCGUUAGGACCCGGGUGUCCGGGAUCGGAGCAGGAAGCGGGAGCCGGCGGUGGCGGUGGGGCCCGUGGGAGUGGGAGAGGGGCUGUCAGGAGUGGGCAGUGUGGGGCCGGGGCACCCCACGGCCCCGGCCCCGCCAUGCAUGUCCUGGGGCAGCUGCUGCUGCUGCUGCUGGGGACAGCGGGUGGGCACGGGGCCCCCCACGACACCCUGAGCUGCUCCCAGGGCCUCGCCUGCCGCCUCCUGGACACCGACAUGCUGUGCGGGAUGGAGCCGCUGGGGCCUGGCCAUGGGCUGGCCCUGGCUCGGCUGCGGCUGGAGCCGGCACUGCGCUGCACCGGGCCUGCAGCCUGCUCGCCCUGCCUAGAGGUGCGCCUGCGCCUGGCCCUGCCGCCCCGCACCAGCACCAGCCAGCCCCGGCGCCCCAAGUCCCUGGGCGCCCCGGGGCCAGAGGACAGCGAUGAGGCAGGACAGUGGUCACUGGUGGAUGGGACCACCUCGUCCCAGCAGAACGUCACUGGGCUGCUGGUGCUCUCUGGGCACGCAUACGCCUCCUCCCGCUGCGUGGCCAUGGAGAUCUGGGCGCCCCUGGCACGCGCAGUGCCCGGCCAACCCCUGGGCUGGGUGACCUUCCGGUGCUUUGAGGCGCCGCCGGGCUCUGAGCUCCAUGUCGUGGCGUACACCAACUCGCACAGACGUCGGAGGCUGAGCCAGCAGCAGCGGGUGCCAGACUGCUCGUGGCCCGCGGCACAGGCUGCUGUCCCCCAGUGCCAAGUGCCCAGGCUGCAGGUCUCCCCGGGGCCAAAGGAGGUGGUCGUGGAGGUGCAGGGAGCUGCAGCGGGGCACAGCUACACCCUGCGGCUCUACCGCAACCAGAGCCAUGGUGCCAGUGCGUCAGGGCGUGCGGUGACCACGAGCGGCCCCAUGAACUACAGCCUGCCAGCCGAUGAGGUGCUGCCCUGCCUCUGCAUGCAGGUCUGGCCGGAGACCCAGGACCCACCACGGGCCACACUCUGCCCUUUCUCCAAUGAUGCCGAGGCCUGGGAGCGGCUGUGGGCACGCAGCCGGCUGGUCCUGCAUGCCAGCGGACAGGCACUGACCUGCUCCCUCUCGGCCCCCUGCGACCUCCCGGCCGAGCUGGUGCCCUGCUGGCAGCCGGUGCCCGCCGGGCCCUGCCAAGCCCUGCCCGGCCUGCGGCAGCCUGCGGUGGGGCAGGGACCCCAGGAGUUUGGGGGACUGCGGCUGCACCCCAACCUCUGCGUGCAGGUAUGGAGUAGUGGGCAGGUUCGGCUGAUCCAGUGCCUGCGGGACAGAGCGCUGCCUGGCCACACGUAUGACGUCCUGCUGCUGGAGCACAUGGGGAAUGCCUCACUGUGCGCCCUGGAACAGGACACCUGCACCCCGCUCGCCAGCUUCACCAGCACGGGCGGCGGGCGCCCCGGGCUGCUGGAGCAGGAACUGCGGCGGGACGUGGCGGCGGGGCAGUGCAGGCAGGUCUGGCACCCUGAGAACAGCACUGGGGUCAUGCUCUGGGCCUGUUCCCUGAAUAAAUACCUGCAUGCCCACUGGGUGCUGGCGUGGAUGGGGGUGCUGCUGGGAGCUGCCUGCAUCCUGCUCCUGCUCCUGCUGAAGAAGGAGGACCUGAAAGAUUGGCUGAGGUCCUUGCGGGCUGACUACGGCUCUGAGGGCCCCCUGCGAGGUCGGCGGGUGCUGCUGGUGCACGCAGCGGAGCCGGUGGCAGAGCGGGUGGCGUGUGCCUUGAUGGCAGCUCUGCGCCCACUGGGGCUGGUGGUGGUGGCAGCACCGGGAGGCGGCAGUGGGGUCGCAGCAUGGGGGCCACUGCCCUGGCUGCAUGCCCAGCACCGCCAGGCACUGCGUGACGGCGACACUGUCAUACUCCUUCUCUCCCCGGCGGCUGCGGCUGCUGCGUGGUGCUGGGACACAGGGACCAGGGCCAUGCCGGGGGCUGGGCAUGGCCCUGGCCCUGAUGCUGUCCCCACCACGGCGCCCUGCGAGGUGUUCGCAGCGGCUCUGUCCUGUGCUGUGCCAGCACUGGCAGCGGACAACGGGCGCUAUGUGGUGGCGCGGUUAGAGGCCCUGGUGCCGGUGGUGCCACCGGUGCUGCAGGCAGCCCCUGCCUUCGCACUGCCCAGCAAGACUGGGGGUUUCCUGCGGGCACUGGCGGGACCAGGUCGGUGGCAGGGCUGGUGGCCGGAGCCAUAUGUGGCCGCGGUGGCCGAGGAGCUUCAGCGCGCGGUGGGGGAAUAAAGCAGUGACAGUGCCUUUGCCAAA